UGAGAGAGAGAGAGAGAGAGAGAGAGAGAGAGAGAGAGAGGCAGGUGGAAAGAGGAGGGGUCUGGGUGGUCCAGACAAUCAGUCCUUGUGUACCUCACACACACGCAUUAUUAAAAAGAAGACUAUACGCCACUCCGCUCUGCCCUCCACUCGAGAAGGGAGCGCGCGUAUGGAAACAUGAGCACCAAAGGGAACCAGUGAGCCCGGAGCAUCAUCAGAACACUCCUGCUACCAAAAAGGGAGAAUCUGUCGUCGAUGCCUGAGUCUAAAUGAAGUGGUUCCGCCAUGCAAUGUUCCUGGAAGGCAGUGGUCCUGCUGGCCUUGGCCUCCAUCGCCAUCCAGUACACGGCCAUCCGUACACUCACCUCCAAGCCUUUCCAGUUGUGCACAUUGCCCAGCCCACAGAACUGCGGUCUGGGGGAUCAGGAGACCGAACCUCCCUUUGAACGGGGGGCAGUUGGCUGUGAAGAUUACCCUACCAUUUACAUGAAUUCAUCCCGCAAGACACACAUCCUGGUCUUGGCCACCACCCGUAGCGGCUCCUCCUUUGUUGGCCAACUUCUCAACCAGCACCAAGAGUUUUUUUACCUGUUUGAACCUCUUUAUCAUGUCCAGACCACACUGAUCCCCCGUCUGUCCCACAGCCACAACACAGCAGAUCGUCGUGUGAUGUUGGGGGCUAGCCGAGACCUCUUGAGAAGCCUGUAUGGUUGUGACCUAUAUUUCCUUGAGAGCUACAUCAAACCAACUCCCACAAACCACACCACAGACAAACUUUUCCGACGUGGUGCAAGCCGAGCGUUGUGCCAACAACCGGUAUGUGAUGCCUUUGGCCCAUCGGAUGUUAAUGUGGAAGAGGGGGACUGCGUUAAGAAAUGUGCACUUCUUAACAUGACCUUGGCAACUGAAGCCUGUCGGGAGAAACGACAUGUGGCCAUCAAGAUUGUCCGUGUGCCAGAGAUUGGGGAUUUGCGCGCCUUGUUGGAGGAUCCCAGACUGAAUAUCAAAGUGAUCCAACUGGUCAGAGACCCCCGCGGUAUCCUAUCUUCCCGGAUUGAGACCUUCAGGGAUACAUACCGGCUGUGGCGUAUAUGGAGGGCCACGGGGAGAAAGCCCUAUAAUCUUGAUUUGAGUCAGCUCACUGUUGUCUGUGAAGACUACGGAAACUCUGUUUCAACUGGUCUCAGCCAUCCGUAUUGGUUGAAAGGUAAAUAUAUGUUGGUCCGAUAUGAAGAUCUGGCGAAAAAUCCACUCCAGAAGACAAAGGAGAUCUAUGACUAUCUGGGGCUGCCCAUGGAUAAAAAUGUGGAAGGCUGGAUACAUGCAAACACUCGCGGCAGCAAUGAACCAUCAGCGAAACACAAAUUUGGUACAAUACGAGACUCAGCAGCUAAUGCCGAGAGUUGGCGCUUGAAACUCUCUUAUGACAUGGUAGAAUACACUCAGACUGUGUGUCAAAAGGUUCUCCACCAACUCGGUUACAAGGUUGUGAGGUCGGUCGAAGAACUGAAAAACAUGUCUAUCUCACUGGUGCGAGACAAAACCUUUGCACCCUUUUUGUAACAAAAGAUAGUUCCCUGGUGACUAUUUUUAUAUAUUGAUGAUUGUUGCCUUAUCAUGUCAUUGGUUGGUUGUUGCUUUUUGUCGAUUCAAGUUUGCACUAAAUGAGAAUUUGAAUGCACAAAGGGACUAUGGAUGAUCCCCAAAUGUAAUUAACAGCACACUUAAAACAUUAAAUGAGCAAACAAGCUAGUUUACAAAUCUGUCAUUUCUAUUUUCCCCAUUAACAGGACAUCGUCUUCAUUCACUCUGUGUAUGCAAGUAAAAAUGUUGCCCUUCAAAAAAUGUGUCGGUAAAUGGAAUGGGUCAUUGUUUCUUUUACAAGGAAUGACAAAACUGUGCAAUAAAUAGUGAAUGUUGCAGGCAACUUUUCAGUGUUUCUCUGCACGUAAAAUAGAGAAUGAAAGGUUUUGCUGAGAAAGAAGUGAAAUUUUAGUUUCUGGAUUAACAGGCGUGGAGGUCAUAAGUGGUUCCUGCGACGAUGAGAGGAUUUACAUCCAUUUGUGACAAACAAAUAUACGGUACUAAUGAGAGCUAAUUCUGAAAUCUCUACUCACUGCGUAUUUAUAGAUUAAGUCACAUUUUUCCAACAUGGUUGCCUGGGUGUUGGUUGACACUUAUAAGGAUUUAAAAGUAGACAGAAUCUGAUUAGAUAGAAGAAUGGUUCAUAUUCGUUUUUGAUUUCGCAUUUGGAGUGACAUCAUGACAUUUUCCAUACAUCCACUCCCUUUUGUCUUAGCAAAAAUUGAAAUGUGAACUUAUCAGCUCAAUAGCCAACGAAUUGUUGUUUCUGUUUCUUAAGUAAUCAAUACUUUUUCGAGUGUCUUAUCAUCUACUUCUACGACUACAACUGAUGUGUGGUCCGUUGAAAAAACUUUUGUUUUUCCCCCCAAAGACAAUCGGACGGACUCCUUUUUCAAGACAGCAUUGCCUCAGGUCUAAAAUGUAUUACACACCAAUGAGCUGUCAUCAUUUGAGAUAAACCCUUUAUCAUUUUAGUGGCAAUAGGAAAGCUGUUGAACUAUGCAACGAUACAGCAGAAAAGGUCAAGGACUGAAUACAGUGUAUAUAAUCAUGUUAAAUCUGCCGACUUUUGUAAAACAAUUCAGAAUUCCAGACCUAUCGAGAAAUAAUCCAGUGUGUGUGCUCUUAUUUUAACAUGCAAUUAGCUCUAGCUUGUACAUAUUUCAUUGCAGACACAUUUUAAAGAGCUCAAAACCCCUUUUGCAGCUGUGCAGGAUUUCCAAAAUUCUGAUGGGGCAUUUGGAACAUAAUUUCUUUAUGUAUUCAAAUGUUUCAAAUUAGACCAAAUUAAAAUCACCCAAGAAGAUAAUUAAACAAAUGUUUAAUUAUCAGUUCAAUGUGUAAACAGCUGAAGUUAAAGUUUCGUUCACAUGAUGGUGUCAUUAGGUUGGGUGACACCCAUUAAUUUAGGUACAAUGACCGAUAGUUUACCCACGAAAUAAUCCAUGUGAAUGAAUGCUCAUCUGUAUUGGUGGCCCAAUGUCCAUUGAGAUGCAGAGCACAAACCUUUUGAUCCUCCUCAGCAUCAAGGCUGGAUAGAGACAAGUUCUCUCUUCCUUCUGUUUUUCAAUCGUCCACAGAUUUCUUGCUACGGGCCUCUCAUGGGAACAAUCCUUUCCUUCAGCGCUCACUUUUGGUUUUUCACUUGACUUUACCUUUGAAAUGACUGACUGUUGGUGUACGUUUCAUUUCUAAACUAGUUUGUAAUGCUCGGAUUAUGUGCUGAUUGCUUGAGCUACUUUGACCAAAGGUAGUCAGUGUAAUUUGUGAUUGAGGUGACAUCUAUUUUUUUAAAUACCAUUUUUUAAAUAUCAAUUUUAGAUGAACUUCCUUUACAUCCAAUCAGUUGCUUCUUGUGUGUGUGUGUGUGUGUGUGUGUGUGUGUGUGUGUGUGUGUGUGUGUGUGUGUGUGUGUGUGUGUGUGUGUGUGUGUGUGUGUGUGUGUGUGUGUGUGUGUGUGUGUGUGUGUGUGUGUGUGUGUG